CAUCGGCGACCCGGCAGUCGCACCGACCAGCCACCGCGCCUCCACCGGCAGCCGCCGCGCAAGCUCUUCCACCGCCGAACAUCACCGAGAAUUUUAGAAGCAUGGUGCCGGCUCUUGAUCUUCCCGAGGAAGAAGCUAGAAGAGUUAUAGAAACCAUUGCAUCCUCUGGGACAUUCUGGAUUGAAUGGGAUCAAGUGAAGACUAUUCUAUCUGUUAAACUGAAGCAGGUCCUGUCAGAUUAUCCAGAAGCAAAGAUGACCACUGAACAGCAAAGUGCUUCUUUGGGAGAGACCCACCAAGAGUUGGUGAAAAGGUUGGAUGAAGCUCUUCUCAGCUUCGACGAGGGUCCGCCUUUUACCCUUCAAAGGCUAUGCGAGAUACUUCUGUCUGCACGGAGCAUAUAUCCAAAACUCUCAAAGCUUGCUUUAGCACUGGAAAAGAUUCUGUUGGUCACAUCUAUGUUCACAAGCUGUUCCAACCAGCAAAUGAUGAUACAGGACUCUGAUAACCCGGAGAAAGCCAGUGAGGAGGAUAAGUUGCAAUCUAAUUUAGAGCAAGAUGGAAUUGAUGUCGUCAUGGGGGACAGAGAUGAAACAAUGGCUGCAAUGGAGGAGGCUGAUGUUGAUGAGGGUAUAUCUGCUGACAUGGAUACCUUCGGAGAAAUAGUCGGUCCGUCAGAAACAAGUUCUUCCCCGCCCAUUAGCUCCUAGUCGAUUUUGCGGUUUCAACCCGCUUCAUUUCUUCUUUCUGCACAGAUAGUGCUGAGGCUUGUCCAAUAUCACGGAUUGGUGAGGGUGGGCUUUGAUUAUGGAUGGCAUCUUUUCUUCCAUGUUGCAGCGAUGAGGGAAACCACGCAGUGCAUUCUAAGACAUUGUAGAUGACACUGCUGAUUUCUAUCUGAAGGACGAUCCCUAUGUUUUAGCUUUACAUCAGUAUCCUUAUGUUUUAGCUUACAUCGGUCGUACUUGUUAUCUUAUCAAAUUUAUGGAUUAUAAUACAUAGGGAAAUGCUCUA